AUAAAAUUUAUUAAAAUCUACGAAAUUAAACGACAAGGUAAUUGGCUGAAGAGUUUGAUCCGGUCCAAUUCAUCCGAUCUACCAUCUCCUCGUCUCUCAGCCAGACGGUCGGACGCUAUAUCGCUUUCUCCGCUUCCAUCUCCUCUUCUCCCCUUAGUCGGACACAGUCUACACCACGCCGUUCGUCUAAUGUCCUGAGCUUUGAUCUUGUGAAGGAAAGAUGGUGAAACUGACAAUGAUUGCCCGUGUGACUGAUGGCCUCCUUUUAGUUGAGGGAUUGGAUGAUGGGCGUGAUGUGCCGGAAGUGGAGAGGUACAAACAGCAGGUCAAAAGUUUGUUCAAGAACCUUUCACGCGGCAAUAAUGGUCCUUCUAGAAUGUCCAUUGAGACUGGCCCGUACAUAUUCCAUUAUAUAAUUGAAGGACGUGUUUGUUACUUAACAAUGUGCGAGCGUUCUUAUCCUAAGAAGCUUGCCUUUCAAUAUCUGGAAGACCUUAAAAAUGAAUUUGAGACGGUCAAUGGGAAUCAAAUUGAAACUGCUGCUAGACCUUACGCUUUUAUUAAAUUUGAUGCAUUUAUUCAAAAGACAAAGAAACUUUAUCAGGACACAAGAACACAGCGCAACAUCACAAAGUUGAAUGAUGAACUUUAUGAAGUUCAUCAAAUAAUGACUCGGAAUGUACAAGAGGUUCUCGGUGUUGGUGAAAAGUUGGACCAGGUUAGUGAAAUGUCCAGCCGCUUAACAUCAGAAUCUCGCAUUUAUGCUGAUAAAGCAAAAGAUUUGAAUCGCCAGGCUUUAAUUCGGAAAUGGGCCCCAGUAGCUGUUGUCCUUGGAGUUGUUUUCCUCCUACUCUGGGUGAGAAAGAAGCUUUGGUGAUUCGGAUGUGAACAUCUCUGUCUAACACACAAAUGACAUAAGAUAAUCAAGAAUCGGUUUUGGCUAUCAUCGGUCACUCUUGGAUCAGGUCUCCCAAUUAUCACAAUUUGCAAUUGGUUCCCUCAAAGAUAUAUGAUGUUCGCUGAACAUUAUUUGUACGGUAUCUCAUUACAAGAGACUGAUUUCUAAAUAUCAGAGAAUCUAGAGACUAUGUUAUUCAUCCAUAUAUAGGAUGUAAAACAGAGUAACUACAAGAAUGAUGGCCAAUUUAGCCUAUGUUAUUUUUUUAAAGUACACUUUGUAUUUUACUACUACUUAGUUCUUUGUCCUUCCCAACUGCGCUUUUAUUCUCUUGAUUCACCCCACUCAUAAGAUAGUUAUGAUGCAUUUUCAAUAAUACAUUGGUGUAUGUAGUUCGGUGUGAUUGACCCUUGUUCAUCAUUGUAUGCAAACUGCUUGUUCUAUGCAACUUUUCGUCAUGAGCCACUAAUGUGGUAAAAAUGAGAC